UGGCGCACGCGCAGAGACGUGCCUACUCCGCGCCUCGUCCCGCCCUCCGCUGCCAUUGGCCGGCUCGCCGCAACCAAUCGCGCGCGGGGAGGUGGUGGGGCCGGGCAAGAUGGAGGAGUACGCUCGCGAGCCCUGUCCCUGGAGGAUAGUGGAUGACUGUGGAGGGGCCUUCACCAUGGGGGCCAUAGGAGGGGGCAUUUUCCAGGCUAUCAAAGGCUUCCGAAAUUCCCCAGUGGGUGUAAACCACCGGCUGCGGGGCAGUUUGACGGCUAUUAAAACCAGAGCUCCACAACUGGGAGGGAGCUUUGCUGUCUGGGGAGGUCUCUUCUCCAUGAUUGACUGCAGUAUGGUCAGAAUGAGAGGGAAGGAAGAUCCCUGGAAUUCCAUCACGAGUGGAGCCCUGACUGGAGCCAUUUUAGCUGCAAGAAAUGGCCCUGUUGCCAUGGUUGGAUCUGCUGCAAUGGGGGGAAUUCUCCUGGCCCUGAUCGAAGGAGCUGGCAUUCUGCUGACAAGAUUUGCCUCCACACAAUUCCCAAAUGGCCCACAGUUGUCAGAGGAUCCAUCCCAGCUCCAGCCACCUCCAUUCAGUGACUACCGACAGUAUCAGUGAUGGUCCCCGACCACCUCCUCCUGCUCCUCUUCUUCCUCCUCCUCCUCUUUCUCUUCCUUCCCUGUUCCUGAGUGGUCCCACCUGGAGGAUGUGGAGUGGGUUUGUACUUACACCAGUGGUUGUUCCUUACACACCGUGCCAGGAGGACCUGCAGCAUUUCUCAAUGUCAAACUGCUCAGGAGAACUUUUAGAAAAGAAAAUCUAUUUAUUCCUGAUAUAUUCCAUUGCUGUAAUGUUACACAUGUCUGGUAGAAUACAAGGAAGUUUGAGACAAGGACCAAA